GCUUUGCUUUCUUCUCUUCACUUUUUUUACAUUUGGUUGAGGAUUUAGUGUUGAAAAUCUAACCGGCGUACGCCGUUAACCCUCUUUUGAUUUAAUUUUUUACUUUAAACUUCGUUUCAUGUGAUUUAUUAGUGUUCACUGGUUAUUUCUCAUUGUUCUUCAUUUAUUGUCAUUAGUAUUUGAUAUUAAUUUAAACCCAAAUUUGAUUCCUUUCUCUUUAACUUUUCUUGUUGUUACACAUCAACAUGAUUUUUCACUAUUCACUUUCUAUUGCCCUUUUAGUCACACUGGUCUCUUCAGCUGACGUUAAAAAGGAAGAAAAUGUUUUAGUUUUAAAUAAAAGUAAUUUCGACGGUGUUGUCUCUGAGAAUAAAUAUGUCCUGGUUGAAUUCUAUGCACCAUGGUGUGGUCAUUGUAAAGCUUUAGCUCCUGAAUAUGCAAAGGCAGCUACUAGUCUUGCCAAUGAAGGAUCAGAAAUUCUUUUAGCUAAGGUUGAUGCCACAGAGGAAACUGAUUUAGCUGAAAAGUAUGAAGUUAGAGGAUAUCCAACUCUUAAAUUCUUCCGAAAUGGUAAACCUACUGAAUAUAAUGGUGGUCGUACUGCUGACGAUUUACUCAAAUGGGUUAAGAAAAAGACUGGUCCCCCAGCCGUUACUCUUGAAUCUGUUGAAGAUGCAAACAAACUCAAGGAAUCUGCUGAAGUUGCUAUCAUUGGUUUCUUCAAAGAUCAAGAAAGUGAUGCCGCCAAAGCUUUCUUAGAGGUUGCUACUCAAAUGGAUGAUCAUCCAUUCGGUAUCACCAAUUCUGAGGCUGUUUUUGGUGAAUUCAGUGUUUCCAAAGAUGGUGUUGUUUUGUUCAAAAAGUUUGACGAGAAAAGAAAUGAUCUGUUUGAAGAUAUCACCCAAGAAAACCUUAAAAAAUUCAUCUCCAUUAACAGUCUUCCUCUUGUUGUUGACUUUAGUCAUGAGACUGCUCAAAAGAUUUUCGGAGGAGAAAUUAAGUUCCAUAACUUGUUAUUCCUCAGCAAGAAAGCAAGUAGUUAUGAGAAACUUGUCGAAGCUUUCAGAAAGGUUGCCAAAGAAUUCCGGAAUAAGGUUCUUUUUGUCACUAUCAACACUGACAUUGAAGAUCAUGAAAGAAUCAUGGACUUCUUCGGUCUUAAAAUUGAAGAUGCACCUGGCAUGAGAUUGAUCCGCCUUGAAGAAGAUAUGAUCAAAUACAAGCCUGAAACCUCUGACAUCACUGAAGAAAGCAUUUUGUCAUUCGUUCAAGGUGUUAUUGACGGUAAAAUUAAGAAACAUCUCUUGACACAAGAUGUUCCAAGCGAUUGGGACAAGAAUCCAGUCAAAGUGCUAGUUGGUAAAAACUUUGAUGAAGUCGCUCUUGAUAAGAGUAAAGAUGUUUUAGUUGAAUUCUAUGCUCCAUGGUGUGGACACUGUAAACAAUUGGUGCCUAUUUAUGAUGCCCUUGGGGAAAAGUACAAGGACAAUUCUAAUGUUGUCAUCGCCAAAAUGGAUGCUACUGCCAAUGAAUUAGAGCACACUAAAAUCAACAGUUUCCCAACAAUUAAACUUUUCAAAAAAGAUACAAAUGAGGUGUUGGAUUUCAAUGGGGAAAGAACCUUAGAGGGAUUAUCCCAAUUCAUUGAUAGCGGUGGAAAACUCGGUGCUAGUCCUAAAAAAGAGGAGGUCGAUGAAGAAGAGGAGAAAGAAGGAAAAGCUGACCCCAGAAAGGAUGAAUUAUAGUCACCUGGUCAUUUGUUUUUUUCUAAUUUUAUCAAGAACACACGGGAACAACUAAUUUUAUGAAAUUAAAAUGUACUCAUUUCUCCGUUUUAUUUAAUGAAUUUACUCUUUUUCUUUUGUAAGAACUGUUUCCAGUUCAUUAAUCAACUCAAGCAAAAAAGUGCAUUAUCAUGGUCAACUAAUCACCUAUGCGGUUAUUGUCAGAAUUUCAUAACGUCUUUCAACAAAUAGCAAAUCAUGAAUGUAUUACAUGAAGAGGUUUUCCUUUCGGCGCCUUUUACUAAAUUUAAGAGUAACCUUACUGAAAAAGUUAAGCAAUCAGGCUAAAGUACAAUUAAAAUUUUACUAUUUUUGUAAA